CACUGCAUUGUGCACAAGCCCCAGCAGCUGACAGUUGAAAGUCAACUCGAUUGUUAUUUGUUGUUGACAACUGAAUACUGAUAACAAUCUAUAUACUUCGAAUAACUACUAUGAAAAAAACAAUAAUUUAUGUAUUGUUUCUAUUUUUUUUUAUAGUUGAUUGCUGGUGAUAAAAUAAUAUGAUAACAGCUGUACAGACUACAGGCGCCUGACUCUAGUGUCACUUGUGAUUUGACUAUUUAUGAUGAAAUUAAUUUACUGACUUAAAGGUUUUAACUUGUUAGUUUUAAAAUAAUUAAUAUACCAUUAUUUAAGUAGCUAAUUUUAUUGUUUAUUUAAUUUUUAUUAAACAUCAAAUACCUCCUUGCUGUUAUUUAUCUGUUAACAAAAGUUUAAACUGAACAUUUCAAUUAUGUUAUCGAGAAAAAACAAGGAAACAAGAACGAUAAAAGAAGGAGUAGUGGGGAAGUAUGUCAAAAAAGAUAAACCUCCUGAAAUUCCAAUUAUUAAUGUAUGGACUACAGAACCAUUUAGAAAAACAAACAGCAAUCGAGUUAAUUUGCCUGAAACACAAAGUAUAAAUACGACACACCAACCUGGGGGUUCAGCCCAAAAGUUUGGCAAUAUAAAAAAUACACCAUCACCAUCUAUGCUAAUAGGUCACGAAGGCAAAUAUACUCCUAGCAGUUCAGUUCCUGAUUUGGCUCAAAAGUUUGCUAAUGCGAACCUUUGGGGUAGUACUCCAGGAAUAACUGCCGAUCAAUCUAUUAAUACUAGAAACUAUCCUGAUCGAUAUAUUUCUGGUAACUGUCACAUAAAUCAUCAAUUGGGAGCUCAUUCAAAUACUAAUUGCUUGCCUUAUCAUUCUCAUUCUGAAUUAGCAGACUCGUCAGUAAUUAUGCACAGAUUUGGAGAUAGCGCGGUUUAUACACCAGCUUUAUCUAGAUAUCUUCCCAAUAUUCAAUUGCAGCAUAAAAAUCAACUAAUUAGUACUCAUCAUUCCAGUCCAGUUUUACAUAAUGUUGGUCAUUCGGUUCCAUUACCACCACCUUCGGAUGGAGGAGAAGAACUACCUUUACCUCCUGGUUGGUCAAUUGACUUGACACUGAGAGGUCGGAAGUAUUAUAUAGAUCAUAAUACCAAAACUACACAUUGGUCACAUCCACUGGAAAAAGAAGGUCUUCCGACUGGAUGGGAACGCAUUGAAAGCAGUGAUUAUGGUGUAUAUUUUGUUAACCAUAUUACUCGUCAAGCUCAGUAUGAACACCCAUGUGCGCCACAUUACAUAUAUCAACCUGAAAUUAGGAUUCCAUUACCACUUCCACCCCCACCUCCUCCGAGGCCAACCAACUUUCACCCUCACAGCAUGCUAGUACCUGCUAAUCCUUAUUUGAAUCAGGAAAUUCCUGUUUGGUUAAGUGUAUAUUCUCAAGCAGCUCAGACAUUAGAUCAUAAGUUAAGAUGGGAGAUGUUCCGGUUGCCAGAGCUCGAUUGUUUUAAUGCUAUGUUGACACGAUUAUAUAAACAAGAAUUAGAAGAAAUAGUUAUGAGAUAUGAAGUUUAUAGAUCAGCAUUGCUGUUUGAAAUUGAUAGAAGACAUAUGCAAGCUCGAUGUAUAGAUGCUAAUGAAUACAACAACAGAUAUGGGCCCGGGCCACGAAUUGUUGACAUCACCAAUGACAACCUUCGUGAAGUUGCUCUUUCACAGCAUGCAGAAACUAAGCAACAGACGGACACAGGAAUUGCACAGCCAACCAAAUAGACGGUCACGCACAUA